UUUUUCUAAAAAAAAUACUAACUUAACAUACCAAUCACUUUGAUUCAAAAUGAGUGGAGUAAAUUGUGCAUUGCUGCUUUUUGUGGUUAGCAACUUAUUGGUAACCUACGUGUGCGGUAACAUCACCAAAAAAGCGGCGCUCGCCGCUAUUGACAGCUACGUAAACCUUGGAACUGUUGGUACAUUUUCAGUUGGAUUUACUCAAACAGUCACCAGUUUUUUGCUUGAAGAAUAUAUGAACAAGGAGUGUUACUCUUUAACAAUCAAGGUCUUAAACAAUAUGAAAGUACGAUCAUUUGUCAAUCCUACAAUAUACCUAGAAAGCGGAAGAACAGUUAGCCCUCCGAUGUUAUUUAUCAAUCCUAUUGAAAAUGAUCAAAACGAUGCACAAUUUUUAAAACAGACAGAAAUUGCAAAAAUAGCUGGAGAGGAAAACAAGAUUAAAGGAUUCUUAUGCUACAACGUCAAUACAAGUGCAACAACUAUUGAAGAAAGAAAAUUUUGUAUUGGUUUUAAAGUUAAAGAAAAAGACAACCAGUUUUACGUCUUUAAUCUGGAUUUUAAAAAGGAUUUACGUUUACGUAAUGAAUUGGAUUACUUGCUAUGGAUUUCGGCAAGACAAAAAGGAAAAAGCAUUCUAGCACGCGAUAAGGAACUGAAAAUGUUAGUUAGCUACCAGAUGACUACCGGUAACGACGCACGCAUUUAUGUAAGAGUGGAUGAUUCAAGUGAUAUCAAAACCUAUCAGAGCGCUCUUGCCAAACGCGAGCUAACACUACUUGGAUCAGUUGCUCUGGGAGCUGUCACUGGUAUAGCAGGAACCUUGGCCCAAGCUGCUUAUAGAUAUUUUAAAACUGUUCAGGCCACUGUUCUUGCUAUCGAAAAUUUAUCCAAGGACCCGAAUCCAUUUGUUCUAUACGAUCCAGAAUGGUACGCUCACGAAGGCAUAAAUGUUGAAACUAUUAUUCCAUCACAAGUGAAACAAGGUCAAUCUAUGCAAGUUACUUUGACUUCACAAACAACAUUUUUGGAAACAUCUGUCUUUGUGAUAUCUUUCAAAGUUAGAAGUGAAGAUUUAGAGCGAACUAAGCGUUUGGUGCUUGCAAUCUGGUGGCUCCCGAAAAUGCUAGGAGGAAGGAAAAAACGGUACGCUGUUUCAAUGAUGGAUUCCAUUAAUCCCAAAAUGAGCGUUAUGCCAUUGUUAGAGGACUAUGCAAACGCGAUCAAAAAAUAUCCAACAGAUGACGAAAAAGCAAGCUCAAAACUUCCUAUCACAAUAGACUCCAAAAAUUAUUUAAAUUUUGGUGGCCAGCAAAAUCAAGCUAUUUACUAUAUAUCUGAUGGAGGGUCUUAUUAUCAGGGGUAUGUUUUCUGGAAACUUCCUCUAGAUUGUGAGAAAAAAAUGGCGGCAGAAGGUCCAGUCACAGUCACUGAAAUCACACGAAACUUGAAACUAUUGACAGCAAUUGGAAAUGGGCAAAAGAAUAUGAUGGUCGCGAAAGUAUUUAAAUCUUCACAGAAAGCAGCUAAAAAUGAUUGCUUUAUGCCUUUCCCUGAAAAUUACGAAUAUACAAAACACAAGUUACCUCCUUAAUAAGCAAUUGCUGUGCAAAUUGCUACCGUGAUGGUUCAAAAAAUAUUCCAACUAUUAAAUUAAAAAUGUGUUUAGUCGGUGAUCAGUAAGAGUUGUAUGGAAUUAAAAAUCCUUUUCUUGAAA